AGAGGCGGAACAAGCCUUGUUGCUGUUGCCUGGGGCUGACCCAGAAGGAGGGACCCGGUGUGCUAGGGGCGGGCGCGGCGGCGGCGGCGGCGGCGGCGGGGGCUGUUGUCGCCGCCGCCGCCGCCGCCGCCUCCUCCUCCUCCUCCUCCUCUCCCUUCGAGAGGCGCCCGGCAGUUUCUGUUGAGCACCUCCGCCUCGGGUCCGGUGUCACGUGAUCGUAUGGGUGGCGGUUCAUUGCGGCCGUUAUUAGGCGGGCCCAUGGCGCGAGCUCCGGAGCUGCUAUGGGGCGCUCGAGCCCUGGGGCUGCUGCUGUGUCUGGGUGGAUGCUGCGGCCUAUGGAGGUAUAAAACUAAUGUAGAAAACUAUGCUCUCUUCACUACCAGAACCACUAUAUAUUUAGAGUAUGAAGGAGCUGAAUUUGUGCAAUGGGAAGUUUCUACGUUAUGUACUGUUGCAAAUAAAAGUUCACCUACAACAACACUGAACUGUCCAGUUCCUGGAACUCACACAAUUAGACCAAAAGUUGACAAUGAGACGUUUGAGAAUGUGGAACGCUAUAUGCCUAUCUCUGAACAUUUGAAUUGCUUUUUGUGGUAUGUGGUGAAAAGUUCUCCAGCACAGAGCUCCGUUCCAUCGUCAAAAAAUGAUAGCCAGGAGUUAAUCUUAUGGAUAUACGAUCCAGAAAGCGCAGAACCCUCUGAAUUGAAUCGCACUGCAACGUCUCCUCCACGGAAUUCUAAGACACUUAGCAAGCAGUUUUGGAAUUUGGGACAGGAACCUGUUGUUCAGACCUAUUUUAGAAAUACUAUAUACUUUGCUACUGCAUUUCCAGAGUUGGGAUUCUGGAAAAUUAAUGUACCUUCAAUGUCAGAUGACAUCAUAACUAAUAUCCAUGGAAAGGCAAUAGCUUUUCAGGAUUGUUUUGUUCUAGAUAGUCCCUUUAUCAUUUCCAGGCCUGAAGAGCCAUUUCCAAACAAUGUAAAUGAUAAUUCCCUCUGUUCCGCAGCUGGUAGUGAGCCCUACAUUGAGUGGUCUGCAUGUUUUCCAACAACUGCACUUUUGUUGUCAGAAUUUGGAACUUUCCAUACAAAUGAUGGAUUCAUAACUUAUAAAGAAAUCAAAGCUCCAUCACACAUUUUGGACUUUGACUUAAGUCACAAAGUAACUGAUAUUGUUUUAACUGAUGAUGGAAUCUUAUUUUUAAUAACGGGGACAGUUUACAAAAGAGAGUCCAAUCGUUUUUUUAAACUUGGACCUGAAUACAAUCUACCAGAAACAGGAAUAAUUGGAAUACAGUCAAGACGCUGGUGUUCAUCUGAAUAUCCAGUACAGAGUGGAAGAAAAUUAAGUACAGUAGCAAUAUGGACACCAAGUGAACAAUAUCUAGGAUAUGGUGGCAAUGUGUUUAUUAAAAUAACAGAUACAACAAACCUAAAGAAGGUUCUAGAUUUGCCAGUGACUGUUUCUUUAUCUAUAGGCACUGUUUGCUAUGACUCACGCCCAUCUGAAGUUGUUUUGCUGAUGGCCUGCAUUGGGUGCAGCUCCUCCAGAGUGUUUUAUCUGUCAGCGUAUAACGAAGACCGAGAUUUGUGGGUCUUAAGAGACUUUUCCUUAAAUGCUCCUCUUCAGGGUUUUAUGUUGAUGGAAUUUGUAUAUUCAGCAUCGCCAUCUAUGCUGAUGUGGGACAAGGAAGUGGUCUAUUAUAGCUAUAAAAACAACACAAUUAAUGGAUUUCUUAUAAUAUCUGAGUUAGUUAAGAGGCAAGCGGAAAAAGCUCAAGGGAGCACUAUUCACCAACUGCUUAUUGACUAUUUCGGGAACACUGUGAUAAAGAUGAAAAACAAUGUCAUGAUUUUUUUAAAAGUUGAAAUGAAAGAUGCUGUGGUGCUCCCUCGAUGGGAAAAGGAAAGCAAAAAAAUAGUCCUUUACUUGAAUCCAUCUGGUAACCUAUAUAUACUGUAUAUCAAUGGUUCUAGAAUACACCGUGAGGACUAUCCCUUGAAAACUGAAAUAUUUAGUUGCAUACAUGAUUUUCAAGAUAUUUGCCCAUAUCUCGUAUUUAAGCACAGCAUGGAUUUAAAUGUCUAUUAUCUGGACAUGGGAGAUGAAGUGACAUUUUGGGCUCAAGUAGUCUAUGUAGAGAAUCUGGGGUUAUCCACAGAUGUGGAAAUCUACAGGCCAGAAUUGCUGAUGCAGACAACAAAUGUUGAUUAUGAAAUAACUCGUGGAAUCUGUGCUAAAAACCAGACAAUGAAAUUUUACCAUAAAAUGGACUAUAGUCUUGAAUCUAAUUACACAGAAGCAUUAAUUGCAUCCACAGGUGUUAUGACAGUUGAACUGCAACCUAGUAUGUCUGGGAAAAUGUGUUCAACAAACAAUAAGCUAACUCAUUUAUUUGUUGGCUGUCCUCCAUCAAGGCAUAUUGUCAUUCAAAGACCUUCACAUGUAACUUGUAUGAAACAUAAUUUUACUACUUACAAAAUACCUGGGGAAUAUCUGUGGGUUCCAACUACUGAAGACCUGGUGGUAAACUAUGAUUGGGAUAAGUAUGGUUGCCUAAUGGAUCUUCACUAUGCAAUACCUUUUCACCCUGAUAUUGCCUUAUAUAAUGGCAGCACAUUUGUUAAAACAGUUGAGGCAAAUUUUAUUUUAUGGGAGGUUCAUGGCAGAAAUGACUACAGCUACAACUCAUCUAUGAAGCAGGUGGGUUGUUUGCGUGAAGCACAGACUUGGAUUUCAAUGCUUAAGGGACAUAAAAACAGUACAUUAGAUGAAAUAUGGGGGCCACAGAAUUACAGAUCCUGCUUUGAAUCUGAACUUGGACGUCUAGGAGAUCUAAAUCAGCUGUAUCUAAUUUUGAACCACUCUGGUUACAAUUCUCUCAUUUGGCCUACUGAGUACAGUGGCAUUUAUGUGUUCAGAGUGAAGAUAGUGGACCCAAAUUUCAGUUUUUGUGACUUAAAUACAGUCUUUGCGGUCCGUACAUAUGGCAUAGUAGAAAGUCCAAACUUUGGUAAGGUUGCUGGCUUUUCAAUCCUCAUACUGUCCAUUUUUGGGGGCAUCCUUGUUAUAAGCUACUUCAGGUAUGUGAAGAUUUAUCAAGCAAUCAUUUAUGUUGAUCAACUGCUAUCACAUGACCAACAAGAUCAAACAAGAACGACAGUACAUGAGUUGAAGAAGGACCAAUAAUUUAUCUACCAUACUGAUGGCAUUCUGUGUAAAGAAAUUGUAAGAGUACAUUGACUUUUUAAAUAAUUUCAAUUUUGUUGGAUGGGUUAAGGGUUGUUUUCACAAACCGCUUUUCACCUUUCAUAUAAGACUAAUGUGACUCAUGUGUUUAGUUUCCAAUUCCCGUUUAGUUUUCAGCUCUACCGCUGAGCUUAACAUAUCCCAUUGGUUUCUUUUGUGUGUAUAGAUGGAGGGCAGUUUAUGGCCCCCUUAGUAGCCACCUCUCAAACCAAAAUAAAUUAAAAUACAUUUAUGAUCUUUAGGCUUGAUUCAGCCCCAAUUUAUGCUGGCUUUCAUCAGCAUAACUAGCCUGCACGACUUUUGGUAAUUUGAAAUCUGGGUCACGGCUGCGUCACUAUAAAACUCCCACUCUAUCAAGGUAUGCAGCCACUGCAGUCCACAAACUGAGCAGCACUGUCUAGGGCAGGAGAACGCCCAGGACCAGCAGGGAGAUAUGCUGAUUCAACAUAUUGUUUUGAAUGGUUUAUAAUGACUGGGCUCCUGUAAAACCCCAGUUGCACUUUAAAGCUGCCUUUCCCCAUGAGUGGGUAACAAUGCCUCCCCUUCACAAGUAUGAGUCAAUGAAUCCCCUUGUCCAUAAGAUAGUCAGGACCAGAUUGUCAGCUGGUGAAUGCUGGAGCAACUCCAUUGACUUCAGUGUAGCUACACUAAUUUAUACUAGCUGAUGAUCUGGCCCUCAGAUUCUGAUAAUCACUUAUACUUUGACUAGAUCAGAGCCUUGUAUAAAAAGUAUGUUUCAAAGACUUGGUAGAUAAUGCUACUUCUAAAAUAUUCUGACAGCUAUAGUUCUCAAUGUCUAUUACAAAUUUUAUGGCAAAUAGCAGUUACUCAAAUCUGAAAACUUCUGUGAUCACACCUUCAAUUCAAAUAUUUUAUUGGUUGUAAUUUACUGAAUAUGAAAAUGAAUGUGCAUGCAACUGAAUGCAAAAUGUACUAGAUUUCUGUUUACAAACUUGAAACAAAUUUUGUAACCUUUUAGUGAGCUCAGAUGUUCAACAGACCCCAUCAUAGCUCCUUCAAAUAACUAGUAUAUUUUGUAAAGCUUCAAAAGAGAAUCAAGUUACAUCAGCUACUGUAACUUAAUACAUUCAGACACAGCAAAUUGAAUGUUUUUAUUAUUAACCUAACAGGUAUUGUUUGAGCAUUUGAAAUAGAAUUUACAUUGUUUAAACUUGCAAUUGAUUUUAUAUUCCUGAAGGAAUUUUACUCGUAUGAUUUUUAUUGGUGCUUAAUAAAAAUGUUAAUUUAUAUAAUAAAAAUGUAGAGUGACCAAGUUUA